CGUUGGGGUGAUAAUAGUGUAAGGGAAACUCCUCAGGGAACGUAAAAUCUGGCUGUUUUUGUUCUCAUCCAUAUAUCCCCAAAGAAUCCUUUAGCAGGUCUGGUCUAGAGGGAAUCACUGUGCAGCACCAUGGGGGCCUCCUGUGAUAAGGCGUCGCUCCUCUCGGGGCUGCUCGUGUUCAUGCUGUUUGCCGUCUCUUCUCACUGCCAGGAGGAAUUUUCUGGAUACCACUCAGGUGAGGAACACACCUAUGAAGAGUCUUCUGCAGUUGACCACUAUGACAACUUAGCUGCUCCUCAGCCAGAAUAUCCACCAGAGCCGACUCAUAGCUAUGAUGUGGACCAGAUAUUCGAGGAGGAGGAUUAUGACACUUAUGGCCCAAUCCCCACCCAAAUCACCAUGAUCACUGAGGACACCUUUCCCUACAUCACCACCACUGAGUCCCACUAUGCCAAAGAGGACACUGAGAUCGUGCAGGUGCCAUAUGAGCCUGACACUGGCUCCUCAGAAGAGUCAGGGGGCGAUGCAGAGCUUGGGCAGGUGGGGCCAACAGAGUGUGACUGUGAGCCCGGAGAGCCUGGAUUUGCUGGCUUCACAGGACCGAAGGGAUCCAGAGGCCUGCAGGGUAAAACCGGUAAACCAGGGUCUCAAGGGAGAGAGGGCUAUAAAGGGACCAAAGGUGUUCAGGGAAGGAGAGGAGAUACUGGACCAGUGGGUGACCAUGGUCCUGAGGGAGAUGAAGGAGCUUCUGGUUUUUCUGGAGCCACAGGAGAAACUGGACUUCCAGGAGAGCCAGGUGAGCCUGGAGAUGUGGGUCUAAAGGGUGACAUGGGAUUGGAGGGACCCCGUGGAGGAGUCGGACCUCCUGGUGAGACUGGUCGUCGUGGUGAUGCUGGGCCUGCUGGAGGAAGAGGGACUAAAGGUAUCAAGGGCGCUCCUGGUGACAAAGGCAGACAAGGUCCUCAGGGAAGAGACGGACCAAAGGGUCAAACAGGAGCACCUGGGUUUCCAGGUGAUGUUGGCGAGAGAGGCUACACUGGUUAUCCUGGACAGCAAGGCCCAAUCGGAAAGAGCGGUCCGAAGGGGACUAAAGGUUACAGUGGCUUGCCAGGACGAGGUGGUAACCCUGGAGAAGAUGGUCCUAUAGGAGUCCCAGGGUUUAUGGGAGAACCGGGGCCAUUUGGUGCCAAGGGGAGUAAAGGCGAUGGUGGCAUCAGAGGACCUCGAGGCAGAGUGGGCGCUGGGGGAGCCCAAGGAGAACAAGGAGAUGCUGGAAUACCAGGAAAACCAGGAGCAAAGGGCCUCCAAGGCCCAAAAGGGCCAAAAGGUGAGACGGGACCUGAUGGGGAGAAGGGUGCAGCAGGGAAGAAGGGCAUGAAAGGCGAGAAAGGACAGAAGGGAAGCGUAGGAGACCGUGGAGACAGAGGACAGCGUGGGCCUAAGGGAGCUGUUGGUCCCAUUGGGGCUCCAGGCCCAGUUGGACCUCCUGGCAUCCCAGGGGUCAGAGGACAACGUGGUCCAGCCGGGGACCCAGGUCUUAAGGGUCGAGCUGGACCUAAAGGAGUGCAAGGUCCAUCUGGUCCUGGGCUUACUGAUGAGCAGGUCUUGCAGCUCUGCAGAGGUGUUGUUACAGCUCAGAUCUCUCAGUAUGCUUCCUCCAUCAGAGCCAAGUGCUCUCAGGGCUGUCCCAUCAACAACCGGACACUCAUUGGGCCCCCAGGAGCUCAAGGGCCACCAGGGCCACCAGGCAAAGCUGGUAAAGUAGGAAAAACCGGAGCAAAAGGAGCCAGAGGUGUUCAAGGUGACAGAGGACUGGAGGGACAAAAGGGAACACCCGGCGACAGAGGUCGAAAGGGACCCAAAGGCGUUGUAGGAGAUCCGGGUAUAGGGCUGCCAGGACUCAACGGACCACAGGGACUCAGAGGUUCACCAGGUAACCCGGCAGAACCAAAAGAUGGCAUGGAGGGUCCCCGUGGGGCUCGUGGCUUCCCUGGUCCCGUGGGUCCACCCGGCAUGGUUGGAUUUGCAGGUGUACCGGGAUUUUGCGAGGCACGAGACUGCAGCAUUUAUGCACCAGUGAUGCGCAAAGAGCAGGGUCUGGUGAAAGGGCCAGUGAGUUAAAAAAUCUGAAACUAAACAUCAGAUAUUAUGGUGCUUAUAGGAAUAACUUCGUGUUAACAAUGAAAUAUUUUACAUACAAUAUUGUGACAAUAGUCUGUCAAAAGCUGUGAUAUAAAUGUCAGUGGAUAAAGUGUAGUGUCAUGAUGCACUUGACUUGUGCAGAAAUCUCAUGCCUCUAGUCAACAUCUGAUACCACACAGGGAUUAUAUUUCAUACGUGUUCAAACUCUGCAGCAGUUUUUACUGCUGUGUAUGUUGUGAUUUUAGAAAAUGAUAAAUUAUCCCAAGCUGAUUCCUUAUUUCUUCAUUUUAGUUUUUUAAUUUCUCUGGUACCCAAAGAAUAAAUAGAUAAAUCUAUGUAAAUAUUUUGUAAAGACUCUAAAGUACAUGUGCUGCGCUCUGAAACAAAUAAACAGAUGUGUUCUUUA